AAUAAAACUUCUUAUUUUCUUGUCCGGCAAACAUCAUUUUCUUUCGAAACAAAAACAAACCGAAGUACCCCAAAUAAAAAACCCAAGCUGGGGUUUUUUUGUCCUCCCAGUAAAUUAUUGCAGUACAGUCAUAGUCAGUUUACAGCAAAAUUCAAAAACAGACAAUCUAUGCUCCCCUAAAAGCUUGAGUAUUUAUGACACUCAAAAACCCGAAUACCUAAAUCUUCAGAAAGGAGAGAAAAUCUCACAAAUGUCUGAAUUUCUGAACUGACCCGUUGAUCCCCAUCCGAAAAACUAUCAAACCCAAUUACAGUAGUUCAAAUUGUUUUGGGGUUUAAGUCCUUGUAUAGAUAUACCAAGUCGUUGUGCUUCUUGUUUAUAUAAGUGCGUUUGAACAGACACACUUAAAGCAGGCGCUGCUGCUCGUGAGCUCGCUCAGCUUCAGGAAUCAACAAUGGGUCGUUCUCGUGGAAACUUUCAUUCUGAUGAGGACCCCACUCAAAGAUCAAGGAGAAAAAAGAAUGCAUCCACUGGAGAAAACUUAGAAUCUUCAGUAGCAGGUCAGGGAAUAAGUGAAGGGAAAAGGGCUUACCACUGCAAUUAUUGCAACAAAGACAUUACGGGGAAGAUCCGAAUCAAGUGUUGUAUGUGCCCUGAUUUUGACCUAUGUAUAGAGUGUUUUUCUGUUGGAGCUGAGUUGACAUCUCAUAAAAGCAAUCACUCUUACAGGGUUAUGGACAAUUUAUCUUUCCCGCUUAUUUGCCCAGACUGGAAUGCAGAUGAUGAAAUACUGCUUCUGGAGGCAACUGAGAUGUAUGGAUUGGGGAACUGGGCUGAAGUUGCUGAGCAUGUUGGGACAAAGAGUAAAGAACAAUGUAUAGAACACUACACAAAUGUUUAUUUGAACUCGCAACGCUUUCCUAUUCCGGACAUGUCUCAUGUAGAAGGAAAAAAUAGAAAGGAGCUUCUUGCUAUGGCUAAAGGGCAUGGAGAGGACAAGAAAGGAUUUCCUCUGCUGGGGGAUCAUAGUUUGAAGGAGGAAUCUCCAUUUUCUCCUUCAAGAACCAAAGCGGAAGAUAUGCACAAAGGUGGCCAUUCUAGCCGUUUACUGUCUAGCAUCAAUACUGAUGCAGAAUCUGGACUUCGCUCUAGUGGUGCAAGUGUGGCAGCAGCAGCUGGUAACAAGAAGCCAUCCAACAUGGCCCAGGUUAAAGAUGGUCCUGGUGUCAUUAAAGUGGAAGAACCUCAAGCAGAUAGAAAAGGGAAGAAACCAAGUUCUUUGGGGAGUUCGGGCCCUUCUUUAGUCGAGUCGAGUGGUUAUAACGUCAAAAGGCAGGAGUUCGAUCCUGAAUAUGAUAACGAUUCCGAGCAGCUAUUGGCUGACAUGGAAUUUAAGGAUACUGACACUGAAGAUGAGCGUGAUCUGAAGUUAAGAGUGUUGCGAAUCUAUUCAAAAAGACUUGAUGAGAGGAAGCGUAGAAAGGAUUUCAUACUAGGAAGAAAUUUAUUAUAUCCUAAUCCUUUUGAGAAGGACCUAUUGCCUGAAGAAAGGGCGAUAUGUCGACGUUAUGAUGUCUUCAUGUGCUUCCAUUCCAAGGAAGAGCAUGAAGAAUUACUUCAGACUGUUAUUGCGGAGCAUCGGACUAUGAAAAGAAUUCAAGAACUUAAGGAAGCCCGAGCUGCUGGUUGCCGUACAUCGGCCGAGGCAGAUAGAUAUCUUGAGCAUAAACGGAAAAAGGAUGCUGAAGAAAAUGCUCGCAGAGCAAAGGAAAGUGGGCAAGUUGGUCCGAGCAGUCAGGGAGGUCCAAAUUUGUUCAUGUCCUCAGAGUCUGUUGACAAGGACUCAAACUCAAGGCCAGCUGGACAGGCUACUUCAAGCUCUGCCAGUGAUAUGGAUAUAAUGGGAUUUUAUGGAUCGGAUUUACUGUCUGAAGCUGAGAAACGUCUCUGCAGCGAGAUUAGGUUACCACCACCCGUUUUCCUCAAGAUGCAAGAAGUUAUUUCAAUUGAAAUCUUCAGCGGCAAUGCCAGUAAAAAAUCAGAUGUCCAUCACUUGUUCAAGAUUGAACCUAGUAAAAUCGACAGGGUUUAUGACAUGCUUGUGAAAAAGGGGAUCACGCAGCCUUGAUAGUAGAUACCAUUUUAGGCUUCAUGUUGUUUUUGUUGUACAUUGUUUGGAUUUGUAUCAGUUUUGUUCCAGAGAAAUAACAAAAUUGCAAAUGCUGCUGCUA